CAUGUGGUCUUGUUAAAAUGAUGAGUGUUAAUCCCGCAAUUUCCAUCAAAUGUUUUUCCUAAUUGUUCCAAACUCUGACACGUGCAAACUUUUAAUUCAUUUGCUUUCUCUGCCUCAAUUGGAGUUUAUUUCCAGGAAUUGGUAAAGAAAUGUGGCAUAAAGACGUUUUAUGGCCGUUAUGGCAAGUGUGUUUGAAUUUUAUUGAAUUUUAACUUAAGCGUGACAUCACAAGUUAGCAUUUUGUUGGGCUUUUCCACCCGUUUCUGAAGCGAAUACUAGCGGAACAAUACUUGGAUGUAAUAAUUAUGUACCAUACAUUGGGUGGGUCUUGUCCUGUAUUCCAACAAUGUUUCAAUGAUACAGAAAGCAUGGCGCUCUCUCCAUGGAUCCGCCAAUUUAGUUGCUGUAAUUCUGGCCAUGGUAGUUGGACGACGUCAUCUGGCGUGUUGCCAUAUUUAGCCAGCCGGGCUCAUACAUCCUGCUGGACUGUACACGUCUUUAAAUCUUUGGUGCUAGAUUAUUUAAGCAGCCGCUCACCGGCUUGCUCCGCAUGGGUGGUUGACAGGUCGUGUGACAGAAAUGCAUUCCCGUGGCCUUAGAGCGUAACGAUAACAAUCAGCCUCGUUCUGAUGAAGACAUCACUGAGUGUGUUCAGACUUCAACCAUGUUGAUUAUGUUAUUGAAACAUAUUUACGCUGUGUAUGUGGACUAAAAAAAGAGUCAAUGAGGACAGAGUCAGAGCACAAGAAUCAUUAAAGUGACUGCAGCACUGCAGAAAUCCUCUGUUUGGGCUGAUGCCAAAACCAUUUACAUAACUCUUGAAAAGCGUUUGCGUAUGUGGCUGAAAGGAUUGGAAUGAUGAAGGUUUUGUGCCAAAUCAUUAUGGAUCAGCGUGACAAUAGGCAGGGCUGACGGGCGCACAAUGGCGUCUUUCUCUCUCGGAGCCUGUUGACAAUAAAAGCAUGCCUCUGCUUAACUCUUUGCAUGUUCGCUGCAGCGUGAUGAUGAUGCUUGUGAUGGAGACUCUUGACAAGCACAGUCUGAGGGUGGAGAACAUGCCCUGUUUUAUCCCCAACGAUCGCAGCAAGAAGAGGUUGAUUCAGGACACAGAGGACUGGCAGCCUCGCACUGGUACCACCCAGUCCCGCUCCUUCCGCAUCCUGGCCCAGCUCACAGGCACUGACUUCAUGCAGGACCCAGAUGAUGAAAGCAUGAAGCGGGCCAGCCUUGAGCCAACUCCAUCACCUGCCAAGGCCCAGACAGCCAAUAAACCAGAUGGAUCCAAGACUGCAUCUGCAGCAGCAGGCGCAUCGGCUCCUUCCUCCCGACCUCCGUGGGUGACGGACCCGAAUUUUGCAGAUCGCUUCCAUCCAGAUAAGACGAGCACGGUGGUGACACGGCACCAGCAGCCAGUUCAGCCUACGCCCAUGCAGAACCGCAGCUCCAUCCUUCAGGCGGCGCAGCAGGCGCCCGAAGACAGCGGGAGGACCCCCAUGUGUGGUGCCUGCAACAAAAUCAUCAGGGGUCGCUACCUGGUGGCCCUGGGACGUUCUUGGCACCCCGAAGAGUUCACGUGUUCACAAUGCAAGGUGGUCCUGGAUGAAGGCGGCUUCUUUGAGGAGAGAGGUUCUAUCUUCUGCACCAAGUGCCACGAUAACCGCUACGCCCCAAACUGUGCAAAGUGCAAAAAGAAGAUCACGGGGGAAAUCAUGCAUGCCCUGAAGAUGACCUACCACGUUCAGUGUUUCAAGUGUGCAGCCUGCAAGACUCCCAUUCGGAACCAAGCCUUCUACAUGGAGGAGGGAGAACCUUACUGCGAGAGAGAUUAUGAGAAGAUGUUUGGUACCAAAUGUCACGGCUGCGACUUCAAGAUCGACGCCGGGGAUCGCUUUCUGGAAGCGUUGGGCUACAGCUGGCACGAUACGUGCUUUGUCUGUGCUCUGUGUCAGAUCAACCUGGAGGGGAAGACUUUCUACUCCAAGAAGGAUAAGCCUCUCUGCAAAGGACAUGCCUUCGCCCCCGUGUGAGACACGGAGCUCCACUGCAUCAAGAGGAGGAAAAACCGCCUCCCUGCAUCCCGCUCUUUCCUCAGUGGGCCUGCAGCAGCAUCACUCCUUUGCUCUUCUCCAGCUCCCUCCUCCUCCUCCUCCUCAGUCAGACACAGCCUGUUUAGUUUGGAUGUUAGAAGCUUAACACUGCUGCUGUAUGUCAUACCCGAUACUGGACCGAGUCAGCAAAGGAUCUCCAUAUCAUGCCAUCGUUUACUUUAUAGCCACUUUUGAUUGUACAUCUUAAAAAGUCAUGAAUUUCACGCUAGACUUGUUCAGUUUGAGGUCCACUCAGUGUAGACGCCAUGAAGUCUCUGCUAAUCUGACGUAUGACCACAAGAUUCAGUCAGUGUUGACCUUCCACUUCCACAACAAAUCCUGAUGACGCUUUGUUUUAAAGACAAUGUUUGAUGUUCCCAAAGUUAGGUUAGAAUACAAAACAUGUUUUAUAUUCCUUUUGUUAAUCUCGUCCUGCAUUUAUUCAUUUUUAAUUUCCACAAUAUGUAUUUAUAUUGCUUCAGAUUGUGUUUUUAAAUAACUGCUGGAAUGAUUGAAUAAAGUCAUCAUUAAUGAUGCGAUAUUA